UCCCCUGCAGAGCUGGAUUUGAAUGCCCGGCAGCUGUUUGUUUCCCUAUUACUGUCCCCUGGGCAGUGCCCAUCCACGCAAGUGCCCUGGGGGCUCCGAGGCACUGAACAGGAGUGGCCUCAGGGUCUCAGAGGAGACUUGCUGCCACCUCUGUGAAGCAGGCACCUACCGCAGCCUAGCUCUGGAUGCCCAAGCCUGCCAGCCCUGCCCCCCUGGAUUCAGCUGCCACCAGGGAACAGAGAGUUACCACAGCCAGCCCUGCCCAGUGGGGCAUUACUGUCCAGCCAAGACUCACAGCCCCAGGCCCUGCCCCUCAGGAACCUUUGGAAACAGCAGCCAGGCAGGGGCAGUUGGAGAGUGCCUGCCAUGCCCCGCAGGCACCUUCAGUGCCCAUCCUGGCCAGGCCGGCUGCCUCCCCUGUGGGAGCUCUUCUUUCUCUCCACCUGGUGCCUCCCACUGCACGUGUCGGGGCCUUAACAGGGUCUUCCAGAAGUCAGAUGGUUCCUGCAUCUGCCAGGCAGGACAUGAGUCCUACAGCAGGAGGGGCCUGGAAAGUGAGGAGAGCGACAGUGAUGAGGACUGUCAGCCCCAGGUCGCUGAGCGCUGCUCAGCUGGAGAAGUACGUCUGGCUGCCACCCGCAAGUGUGUGUCCCCCCAGCUGCACAACUGCUCCUCUUUCUGCCACCCAGUGGAUGGGAAGCUCAGCGCUGAACUGGGAAUCUGCCAGUGCCAGGAAUAUGUUUCAGCAGAAGAGCUUUGUGAUGCCCAGUGUCUGGCUAAGGCCCCCCAACUCUCCCUGGCCUGGGGUUCCAGCAGGGAGCUGAUCCUCAGCGUGAAGGGCGAGGCUGGAGACCAUGACCAGAGGGAAGUAUCAAGCACUCUGGGCCCAGACCAGUUCUUCCAAGAGAAUGCCAGGGUCCAUCUGGUCCAAUGUGGUCCCCGUGGCAUCUUUGGCUUUGUCAUCUCCAGAGUGGACAUGCUUGACUCUUUCCUCCUUGAACCACCUGUAUCCAGCCCCUGGCUACAAAGGUAUCAUCGGACUACAGGCCUGGAGUACUCUGUCCCUCAGGACCCUGGCAUCCAUCUCCAUAUUCCAAACCCAGUGGUCUGCCUGGAAGAAGGGGACGUGAUUCUUUUCCAGCUUCACAUUCUUCCUCACAAUCGCUCAGCCAGUCACUACCCUGUGUACCAGAUGCAGCAUUUGUUCAACAGCAACCCCAACUGGGACUUUGGGGCCUUCAGGAGACUCAGCCACCUCGUGCGAGAGACUCACCUCAACUUUUCAAGGUUUGCCCACCAGUUCCUAGAUCCAGGCACAUAUGUGUUUCGAGACAACAGACUGCCUGAGAGCAUCAUCGUGGUGCUGGUGAAGAAGAAAGGAGUGGCCUGCGAUUCCGGCCUAUCCCCUGUGCAGCCCUCCUCCCCGUAUCAGCUUGCCAGGCAUGGGGUCCUCAGGCACAGGCUGCUAAACCUGGGCCCAGACUGGACAGUGAUCACAGGAGUGCUGCUGGCUGUUGGCUUGGCAACUGUGCUGCUGACAGGCCUCGGCCUUGUGUUGAGGCCCUCCCUGGCUCAGGCCUGCCCUGUAAGGGCUUGGAGGCCCCAGUGGAGGGGCCUUGGGGAGUCUCAUGUGCCUGCUGAGUAUGUGCCCCUCAGGGACAGCCUUCUGUCCUAUGAAGAACUCAGUCCGUGGGGCUCUAGGGAAGGAGCUGAUUCCAAGGAGAAAGUCAUUACCUGGAGUACAGGAGAACCACUCCCCUUGAAGACCCUGGAGGACUUCAGUGUCCGCACUCUCUAUGACAAGCUCGAGGACCAGAGCCUACAUGUGGCCGCCCAGCUGAGCAAGCACAGGAGCGAGGCACUGGCCUUCUAUAGGGGUGCCAGCCAGCAGCUCCAGGGGCUCAAGGACUUUCUCCAACACCUCAGCACAACUGAGUGGCAAGCUCUGGACAAGGGUGGAGACCCAGAGAUGGAGGCCACAGCUGCCACCAGGACAGACACUGAGCAGAGUGUGGAAUCAUGGGGCCACCACACUGCAAGUCUACCUAGGGAGCCCUGGCAGCAUCCUCUAGGCCGCACCCCCAGUGUCACACCCCUGGGCUUUCAGCUGGAACUUGACAGAGUGAUUGUGGCACUGGCAUCAGCACUUUCUCAUGCACACGGGCAACCAGCUGGGGCCAACAGAAAGGCCUCUGUUCAGGUUGGUGAACAGCCUCUUCGCACCUACCAACAAAACCCUCAACUGGCAAGUAACAUGUCCCUGCAGCCACAGCCUCCACCACCGGAUGAGGAGAACCAAAGUACAAGCUCUCAGCAGGACCUGGGACCUGGACAGCUUCCCCAGUGUGCUGCCAAAGGAGGAGGCACCGAGAGCCCAGGCUCUAGGUUGUGGAUCAUCGGGGCUGGACACAGGCAUGGAGCCUUUCCUGAGAUGCAGAGGAAGAUAUGGCAGGUGGAAAACACUUUGGAUGAGCUGAAUGAGGAGUUCUUCCAGCUCACUGCUCAAGCCCUAGAACUUCAGAAGGAAAAGGACAAACCAAGUCAACUUCCCCCAAGUGAAGGCAACACAUUUGUGGAGGUUCCCAGCAUCUUCCCUUAUGUGUGGCAAGAAGACAGACCCUACCCACCAGAGGUAGGUGACCCAGAUGGAGAGAAUCUGGGGACCUGGGCCCUGAAUAGAGAGGAGGCCCUGAUGCUGGGAGUGAGAAGAGCCCACCUGGCUCAGAGGAUUGAAGACCUGGAGUGGGAGCUGUCCCUGCUCCUCCAGGUGGCAGAUGGCAGUGUGUAUACAGGAGGGAGCAGGCCCAGCCUGGGGAGAUGCUGAGUCACACAGGAUGCUGCAGUGGCCAUCUGUAGGAGUGCCUUCUCCACGGAGAACACAACUGGGUUAAUCCAUUCACUCCUGGUAGGAAGGAGUGGGUGUCUCAGGGACCAACGGGGCCUGGAACAUGUGCUCAGUUUUAUGACAUGCUUCUUUUGGGCAACACCCAAAUUUCUUUCAGAGCCUGGACCUUGGCUUGUGCUGAUUUCUGUCUGCUAUCCUUUGGAGUGAGGGAAAAUAAAGUCAUACAAGUCAAGAAAA